AUGGAUUGGAAGAUGCACCUGGCCAGUCGGGAAAUUGAAGGUUUAUCUCUUCUAUCACACGAAUCUUGGCAAUCUCACCGCAAAGACUACAAUGGUCCAUUGUACCUAACGAAAACAUCAACAAUCACGACCUUAAAAGUAGAUUCUCUUUUGAGCUUCUAUGCAAUCACACAACCGAGACCCAUAAAGGCUUUGAUCAUGAAUGGACAAAACUCAGGCCCGGAGGCUGGAUGUGCUGGUUCCAGAUUUGAAUAA